ACACAUUCAACCAACCUCACCUCGAUUAUAGUGACAGACCCAGGAGUAUACCAUUCUCAUCUCUUUUGCCGCUCAUGGCGUCUUAUUUCAUUACGGGUGCCUCUAGGGGGCUGGGCCUGGACCUUGUGCGAGAGCUGGUGAACAAGCCCGUCUCGGAGGUGUCCAUCGUGUACGCGGGUGCUCGGACACGAACUGAGGGCCUGGAGAAGCUUUCUAGUGAUGCUCGCGGGCGGAUCGAGAUUGUGCACUUAGACGUCGAAUCGGAGGAGAGUGUCAAGACUGCUGCGAGCCUGGUUGAGCAUUCUCGCGGGCCUCAAGGCCUGGAUGUUCUUAUCAAUGUCGCGGGCGUAAUGACUCACUUUCCAGAGGGCGUCACAACUAUGGACGACCUCAACUAUGUUUUUAACGUCAAUGUGACUGGCGUACAUAUUCUCAUCAAGUCCCUCUUACCGCUACUUAAGAAAGGCAACUUGAAGAAAAUCAUCAAUUAUUCAUCUGGGCUUGGUUCUAUCACUCGGGCGCCCGCAUGGGCGCAGCAAGACUCGCCCUCAUACAAAGUAGCAAAGGCGGCUCUUAACAUGUUGACCGUGCAAUACGCGUUGGCUAUGGCAGAUGAAGGCUUUACUAUCGUUGUACUAAGCCCAGGCUGGGUGAAAACCGAUCUGGGCGGGGGAGACGCCGAUCUCGAGAUUGAAGCAAGCACGAAGGCGGUUUUAGAUAUUGUACACGGCGUGGGCAAGGAUGACAAUGGCAAGUUCCUCAACAUUCGUGCUCCGGAAUUUGACGAUAGACCUGAGGCAUUCCGCUACGCAGGCGACGAAAUUCCUUGGUGAAAUGCGGCCUGCGGAGGAUCUAGUUCGGGCUUAAGCAGAAAAUUGGAGAUGGUGCAAUAAUGCUACAAUACUGUAAGCCUCUAAGCUUUUCGAGUCGAACGAUAUUCACGUCUAUGUGAUUAUAAAUGCAGCAAAUGGACCGGAUCCUCUGCCCCGCCCUACGCGAAGUCUCCCGCCUUCUCUCUAGCCUAUUUCUGAAACUGGCUGUAAGCUAUGAGGCCAGUAGCUCCAACUUUUGGAUUGGUAGGGGAAACUUAGCAAUGGGCGAUAGUGAGG